CAUCCGAGAAAAAAGAGGAGUGAAAGGGGAAAUCAACGUGGCAGGUGAGACCUCCAAACAGAAAGAUAUAUUCCGGGCUAGCCCCUGUGUCCCUCCACUCUGAGCUACAUGUAUGCAGGAAGUAUACAGACAGUAUUUGAGUCUUUUUCCACUCCAGUUUGCGGAUGCCGACUUUAAUCAAGUCCAGACCCCGUUCCUCGUUCCACGCAUUCUCAGCCCCCAUUUUUCACAACCACCCUUCCCGUCGGGUUUAAGACUCUCCUCACCCAAACUCAAAGAGUCCCAGCCACAACUAAGGUGACCUCGAUCACCUCCGCACAACCCCACAACAUCUCGGCUACCAAGUAGACCCUACUACCAAAAACAAACCUGGAAAAGGGACCUACCGCCAAAAUGACUGUCUCUUCCGACAGCCACCCCCCCUUCGCCCAUGAACUCCUCAUCGCCCAACUAGCCGUGCAGCGCGCAGCCCUGGUCACCAAACGCGUGCUCGCAACCAUCAACGCCGCCAGAUCCCAACCCCUCCCCACCAACACCCCCUCCCACCAGCCCGCGCCCGACUCGGAGCCCGACUUCGACUUCGACACCUGCGCAUCGCCCAGCAUCUACACCACCCCCGUCUCCGAAACCCCCACCACCGGCUUCCCCUUCACCCCCUCCCCCUCCCAAUCCCAAUCCCAAUCCCAAUCCCAACCCAUCGGCCAAUUCCUGCACCCCUCUUCCUCCCCCACCAGCCCAGCGCGAGGCUCCCAACCGCCCGCCCACCCCGGCCUCCCGCGCCGCCUCUCCCUCGCCAAGCCCGACACCUCCCCGGUCACCAUCGCCGACCUCGCCGCGCAGGCGCUACUCGUCGCGGCCGUGCACACGGCCUUCCCGGGGGACCUGAUCAUCGGCGAGGAGGACGCGUCGGCGCUGCGGGCGGACGGCGACCUCGCGGCGCAGGUGUGGGAGCUGGUGGCGACGACGAGGCUGGAGGAUGCGGGGAGCGAGGCGUUGUUGGGCAGGCCGAGGGGCGUGGAGGAGAUGAUGGCGUUGCUGGAGCUGGGUGUUACCACCCAGAGUGGUGGUGGUGGUGCGCAAGGGGGGGUGGUGGGGGGGAGAAGGGUGUGGUGUUUGGAUCCGAUUGAUGGGACGAGCGCGUACAUGCAGGGCGGGCAGUACGCGAUUUCGUUGGCGUUGUUGGAGGGGGGGCGGGAGGUGGUCGGGGUGUUGGGGUGUCCGAAUUGGAGGUUUGAGGCGGGCGUGCCGGUGGGGAAGUGGAAGGUGCGAGAGCAUGGGGUGGAUGAAGAGGGGAUGGGGUUGUUGCUUUCUGCGGUAAGGGGUCAGGGGGCAAGCGUCAGGCCGAUGGGGAGGGGGGUGCUACGGGAGGCGAGGCGGAUUGAUAGGGGGCGCGGGAAAGCGGUUGAUCUCAGGGACCUGCAUUUUGUGGACUCGGAGAAGAGCCCGGCGACGCUGACGGAGAAGGUCAAGGAGAUGGCCGGGAUUGUCGGUGCCGAGUACCGCGGGACGAACCUCUACUCAUCACACAUGCGCUAUGCCGCGAUGGUGUUGGGAGGGAGAGAGUUCGUGCAACUACGGUGGCCCAAACCAGGAAAGUCGGCAUGGUCAUGCUGGGACCAUGCCGGCUCACAGCUCAUCUACACAGAGUCUGGAGCGGGCAAGGUGACGGACUUGUCUGGGAACCCGGUCGACUUUUCAACGGGGAACAAACUCUCGAGGAGCUGGGGUGUGAUCACAGCCGAUGAGAGUAUCCAUGGCAAGAUCCUAGCGUUGACCAACCGUAUGCGGGCAGCAGAGGCUUAAGGAAGAACGAUAAAUGAGUAGACAUGGGGAGCCGAGCGUGAUGCGUUGGCCUCCAACAUUCGGGAUAUUGCGAGAUGCAGGCACUUGCAGCCCGAGAGAAGAGCCGAGCGGGCUUCUAAAAGAAUCUAAACUUAACACUGAA